AUGCCUUCACGCAAGCCCAGCAAGUAUGGAAAUAACAAGUUUCGCUCGAGCACGGCCUUCUUCAACCCAAAACGCGCAAAAACGGUAGAAUUCAACACCCUUCGUUCCACAGAAGCCACUUCGCAGGAUGAGAAAUUCGAGGCUAUCCGGCUGGCCAACAGCAUCGAUGAGACGAUGGGCUUUCCGCGAUUCGAGGCGGGCGAAAAGAGAGCAGGAUGGCUGAUAAAUAUGCAUAGCACCACGGUCGAAGACCCGAAUAUCCCUGGUGGUCGAGCCGGAGUGGACUUUUAUUUCCUGGAUGACGAUGGCAACAACUUCAAGGCUACGGUGGAAUACGAUCCAUAUUUUCUCAUCGCUGUCAAGGGUGGACGAGAACAAGAAGUUGAGGAGUGGUGUCGAAGGAUACUGGAAGGUGUUGUCAAAGACGUCCGCAGGGUUGUGAGGGAAGACUUGCAAAUGCCCAACCAUUUACUGGGAAACCGGAGGACAUUUUUGCGCCUCAGCUUCGCCAACGUUGGCAAUCUACUGGAAGCGCGAAAGUUGCUUAUGCCGAUUGCAGAGAAGAAUAAAAAGAAUGUGACGGCUAUGGAUACAUAUGCUGAGAUGGCCAGGACUUCUGCUGGCUUCGAUCUCUUUGACGACGAACUUGACGGAUCACGACCUAAUGCCACCUUGAAUGCGAGCGAUUUCAUAAUUGAUAUUAGAGAAUAUGAUGUGCCAUAUCAUGUCAGAGUUUCUAUUGAUAAAGAUAUUCGAAUUGGAAAAUGGUAUAAUGUGGAAGCAAAGCACGGAGUUACCAAGUUGACAUGCAUUGAAGAGCGACUUCAAAGAGCCGAUCCUGUAGUUCUCGCAUUUGAUAUCGAGACGACUAAACUUCCCUUGAAAUUUCCGGAUGCAGUAAUCGACCAGAUUAUGAUGAUUUCCUACAUGAUUGACGGCAAUGGUUUCCUCAUUACGAAUCGCGAAAUUGUCUCGGAAGAUAUCAAUGAUUUUGAAUACACGCCCAAGCCAGAAUACAGCGGACCGUUUGUGAUCUUUAACGAACCUGAUGAACGUCAUGUUUUGGAGCGUUUUUUCAGUCAUAUCAAAGAGGCAAAGCCGACAGUUAUUGCAACUUACAACGGUGACUUUUUCGAUUGGCCUUUUGUCGAAGCCCGUGCAAGUGUCCUGGGUAUUGAUAUGUAUGCUGAGAUCGGCUUCAAAAAGAACAGUGAGGACAUCUACCAAAGCGAUCAUUCUGCUCACAUGGACUGCUUUGCAUGGGUCAACCGAGAUAGUUACCUUCCCCAGGGUAGCAGAGGUUUGAAAGCCGUCACCGUCGCAAAGCUAGGAUACGAUCCAGACGAGCUGGAUCCGGAACUUAUGACUCGAUACGCUAGUGAGCGACCACAAACACUUGCUGAAUAUUCAGUGUCCGACGCCGUUGCGACAUACUACCUUUAUAUGAAAUAUAUUCAUCCUUUCAUCUUCUCUCUCUGCACCAUCAUUCCGUUGAACCCGGAUGACGUCCUUCGAAAAGGAACAGGUACACUGUGUGAAAUGCUUCUCAUGGUUCAAGCAUAUAAGGGCGAGAUCAUUCUUCCUAACAAGCAUAAGGACCCGCCGGAAUCAUUCUACGAAGGCCACCUUCUUGACUCUGAGACCUAUGUCGGUGGUCACGUUGAGAGUAUUGAAGCUGGUGUCUUUCGUAGCGAUAUACCUGUCAACUUCGCUGUAGACCCCAAAGCUAUUGAUGAGCUACUACAAGAUCUCGAUGCAGCCCUGAAAUUCAGCAUCGUAGUGGAGGAAAAGAAGUCAUUGGAAGACGUCACUAAUUACGAAGAAGUGAAAGCUCAGAUUGUUGAGCGGUUAGAGAGUUUGAAGGCAACACCAAACCGCAGCGAACGACCACUGAUAUACCAUCUUGACGUUGCUUCAAUGUAUCCAAACAUUAUGACAACGAAUCGGUUACAACCCGACUCUAUGAAACAGGAAUCUGACUGUGCAGCAUGCGACUUCAAUCGGCCAGGCAAGACUUGUGACCGUCGACUUCCUUGGGCAUGGCGUGGUGAAUUCUUACCAGCCAAGCGAGACGAAUAUAACAUGAUUCGGCGAGCUGUCGAGAAUGAAAGGUUUCCCGGCAAACACAAAAACGCACCUAUGCGUCACUUCAGAGAUAUGCAAACUGAAGAGCAAGCUGCCAUUAUCAAGAAACGAUUACAAGAAUAUAGCAAGAAGAUCUAUCACAAAAUCCAUGACAGCAAGACGAUAGAGAAGGAGGCGAUUAUAUGUCAACGAGAAAAUCCCUUUUACGUGGACACAGUCCGUGACUUCCGUGACCGAAGAUACGAUUUCAAAGGAAAACAAAAGGUGUGGAAGGGCAAGACGGAAUCAUUGAAAGCUGCCGGUGCCUCCAAUGCUGAAAUUGAUGAAGCGAAGAAGAUGAUUGUCCUUUUUGAUUCUCUUCAGCUAGCGCACAAAGUCAUCUUGAACAGUUUCUAUGGUUAUGUCAUGCGAAAAGGCUCACGCUGGUACUCAAUGGAAAUGGCUGGCGUGACCUGUCUCACAGGCGCUCGUAUUAUCCAGAUGGCUAGAGAAUUGGUCGAACGCAUUGGUCGACCCCUGGAACUGGAUACAGAUGGUAUUUGGUGCAUGCUUCCAGCUACAUUCCCGGAGAAUUUUGCGUUCACUUUGAAAAAUGGGAAGAAAAUGGCCUUAUCAUAUCCCUGUGUAAUGCUGAAUCAUCUUGUUCAUGGACGUUUCACGAAUCACCAAUAUCAAACACUAAUCGACCCCAAGUCUUUCAAGUACGAAACAACAAGCGACAAUUCGAUCUUCUUCGAGGUUGACGGGCCGUAUAAAGCUAUGAUUCUUCCUGCAUCCAAGGAAGAAGACAAGAAUUUGAAGAAGCGUUAUGCGGUUUUCAAUGACGAUGGAUCUCUUGCAGAACUGAAGGGUUUCGAAGUCAAACGUCGAGGUGAACUCAAACUUAUCAAGAUUUUCCAGACACAAAUCUUUAAAUUCUUUCUAGACGGUGAAGACCUCGCAGAAACCUACCAGUCGGUUGCUCGCGUCGCGAAUAGAUGGCUUGAUGUACUUUAUGAGCAUGGUGCUACUCUAGCAGACGAGGAGCUCAUUGAUUUGAUUUGUGAGAACAGAAGCAUGUCCAAGACUGUCGAGGAGUACGGAGCGCAAAAGUCAACAUCAAUUACAACUGCUAAACGGUUAGCCGAGUUUCUUGGAGAGCAGAUGAUAAAGGACAGAGGUCUCAAUUGUCGUUACAUUAUUUCAUCCAAGCCAAAGAAUGCUCCAGUUACGGAAAGAGCCAUUCCUGUCACCAUCUUUUCUGCAGAAGAAAAUGUUAAGAGAUUCUUCUUGCGCAAGUGGCUCAAAGACGAUCCUAGUGACAUGGAUCCGCGAUCAAUUAUCGACUGGGACUACUAUCUUGAGCGAUUGGGGUCGGUCAUUCAGAAACUGAUCACUAUCCCUGCAGCACUUCAAAAGCUCGGUAAUCCAGUGCCUAGGGUUCAGCAUCCUGACUGGCUCCAGCGUCGCAUUAACACGAGAGAUGACAAGUUUAAGCAGAAGAAGAUGACUGAUAUGUUUGAGAAGAACCCUCUUUCAGAAAAGUCUGCCAAUAUAUUGGAUCACCGCGUGCCUCACAACGCGGACAUGGAAGAUAUGGCAACCCAGACGAUGGAAAAGAAGAAGCUUUCUCCUUCAAGCAAGAUGGUUCAAAAGCGAAAGCUGCCAGAGGGUCCUACGAUAGCAUCACUUGACCCGUAUGCCAGUUUGCCGGCUGUCAUGCCAUCAAUCACAGAAGAUUACGAGGGCUUCAUCAAGUAUCAAAAGCAAAAAUGGAAGAUUCAGAAACAAGCUCGAAUCCGACGACGACAACUUUUUGGAGAGAAGUCCAAGGCAUCAGACUCACUCAGUCACUACUUCCGAAACCAGGCGCAAAUACUAUUUAUCAACACAUGGACAGUAUUGCAGCUCAGAGAGACCGAUGUGCCUGGGGAAGUGCGAGCAUUCGUCCUGAUUGAUCGUAGAGUUCACGCUCUUACCGUCAAAGUGCCUCGGCAACUGUUUAUCAAUUUCAAGGACGAUUCUCUACCGGAGGUUGAGCUUCCCAGCUGUGAAGUAGAGAAAGUGAAUAAUACUCUACCCAACGGUCAUCCGUCCGUCCACCUGUUCAAGCUGACGCUACCAGAGGAUGUUUAUCUGGGAGAGUCUGAGAAAAUGGCUGUCUUGCUCAAUCAUCCUAGUGUUGAGGGUGUCUAUGAACGCAAUGUUCCUCUCGCUCUUCGCGCUGUUAUGAAGCUCGGUAGUACCUGUACUUUUGACGAAAGCCAACGAGGCGUCCUCGGCGAUGGUCUAGAUCGUGGGUUUGACCUGUCAUCUCUAUUGCACACUACCUCCGAGACUCCAUACCUAGAGGGAAUCCCUCUGACAUAUUACUACUUGUAUCACGUCACGUCUGGUGAUCGACAAGUCUUCGCUCUAUUUUCAACUGCGAAGAGUGAGGCUAAUAUCAUCAUCUUGAAUCGCAGCCGGGAUAUGUCAAGUCUACCGAAUAUUGACAAGAUGUACGUGGAACUUCUCGGCCGCAAGAUCGCUGCUGAGUCCGAAGCUUCCACUGGUGCAUUCGAUUACCAGGAGAAGGUACAUUUCAAGACCACCCAAGUGACCACUCUUCGAAAAGCUAUUUUAGAAGUAGGCGACUUGGUGAAGAAAUUACGCAACGAAGAAAGUCAACCUGUGGUAUUUGUCAUUCAGUCGCAACAAAAACGAAAAUUGUGCCAUGAUAUUCCGAUACUGAAGGACUACCCCAUGCUAUCUGUCAAGCCGGAAGUGUCGGACACAGAUAUGCCUCCUCUAGGAUGGCAGUCUUUCAUCGCAAAGCGGUUGUUGACUCACUACCUCUACUUGGGCUCCUGGAUUCAGCAUCUCAAAAUGCUUGCCCGUUAUGGAGACGUUCCUGUUUGCAACUUAGAGAGUGAUGACCCCCGAUACCUGAUAGAUGUUUCGUAUGCGAGACGACUUGAGAAGAGUAAUGUGGUGCUGUGGUGGUCAGCAGGCCCCCGACCCGAUCAUGCUGGCUAUGAGAAAGAUGACAUUCUAGGGUCUCUGGACACGGUGGAAAUGCCUUCUGUCAACGUACCAGGUACUUAUACAACAGUCUCGAUAGAACUCGAAGUACGGAACCUGGCGAUCAACACGAUCCUCACGUCAUCCAUCAUCAAUGAUUUAGAAGGCAGUGAUACACUUCUCGCCUCCACUAAAGAGUCGGCUGAUGGCGUUCUUUAUUCUGAAAAGGCAUUUGCAUCAGCAGGAGUCUUUGUCUUACGAGAAAUGGUCAAACAAUGGUGGUCAGAAGCUUGUACAGGUAAUACCAUGGCCGAUAUCAUGGUUCAACAUUUGGUACGCUGGGUGGAAAGUCCCAGCUCAUGCCUGUAUGACCGGUCUUUGCACUAUUAUGUCCGAAUGAUGUCUCGAAAGUCAUUCCAACAGUUGAUGGGCGACUUCCGCCGUGUUGGUUCAAACGUCAUAUUUGCUAGCCCGACACGGCUGCUGUUGCAAACGACAAAACAAGAAGUCGGAACCGCUUAUGCUUACAGUCAAUACAUUCUGAAAUCUAUCAGAGCCAACCCGAUAUUCCAUUUUAUCGACCUGGAACUUAAGGAGUAUUGGGACUUUUUGGUGUGGUAUGAUGAAUUCAACUACGGAGGUAAAGGCUGCCAGGAAGUUGUUGAGGCAGAAUCUCAACAGCUAGACACGAUUAUGCAUUGGCAGAUGAAUCGAUUUUUGCCAAACCCUAUGCAGCAGGUCUUCAACGAUUGGGUGAUUGAAUACAUCGACUUGAUGCAUGGCCUUAAACGAGGUGAUGAAGGGGAUGAAGAUAGCUCAACUCCGCGCCUCACCCAAAUACCGAUCAAGUCUUUGACCGAAACUACAGACGAUGAAGUGACUAAUUUUCUCACUGAUAAAUUUUCUAAGCCUCUCAAAAAACAGAUUGUCGGUCUGAUUCGUCGACAACGAGAUGAGCUUCUUCAUCCUGAGCUUGCAUCAGACUACGAUUUCCCGGUAUUACCUGGAGCUCUGGUGGACCCCAACACGGAGAAUCGCAAUGCCGUACUAGAGCUCGUGAAGGCACUGAUGCAAGUCCUCAGCUUGUCAAAAACCACGACGUUAGAAACGCGUAUUCUACGGCGUGAGCUCCUAGCGUUAUUUGAAGUCCGUGAGUUCAGCAAAGAGGGCCGCUUUGAGAAUCCAAGUGCCAGCCUGAAGUUGCCGGAGUUGACAUGCAGCGCUUGCUGUUUGAUCCGUGACUUGGAUCUCUGUCGAGACGAGGACAUUCUUCCCGACCCAGACACGGAUGGUAAAAAGACAGCCCCUAAAGCCUGGCGCUGUCCCUUUUGUCAAACAGAAUAUGACCGCCUGGCUCAAGAAGAGCGACUCGUUGGAGAAGUGCAUGGCGUGAUAGUCUCGUGGCAGGCGCAGGAUCUCAAGUGCUCCAAAUGCAACAGUCUCAAGGUCAGCGCUUUUAUGGAACAUUGUUCCUGCAGUGGCAAGUGGAUGACCACCUUGGACAGAAAUGAGAUUCAGAAAAAGCUACGUGUCAUGCUCAGCGUUGCCAAAUACCAUGACCUGAAGCUUCUUGAGGGAGUCUCGGAGGAGGUGUUACAGAGAAUGUGA